UGUGGCUUUAAUGUUUGUAUGUAUUUUUUGCAUGCUCUCUUAGUAGUGAAGCCUGAUCUUAACGUGGCAAGGUAACUGUUCACAUCAAUUAAGUUGAUUGUAUGUUGAGAAAGAGCAUAGUUCCAUUUGAUUCAAAGGGUAGGUGUUCCAAGAUGGGUACACUUGUGGAGGUAUUUUUCUACCAUUGUAUGUGUAAUAGCAUCAUAAAUGAGUUGAAUUGGUACAGAUUUCAGCUUUCCCUUUAUUUGUAACCAACCUUACAUUGAGUGGAAUCCUUUGCGUGUUCCCAUAGAGGCACUAGAGCAGUUGGUACAAAGAUGAUUAGCAUCUGUGUGCUUUGUGUGGCCUGUGUGAUAAAAGAGGUUAUAAAGGGCUGAAGCCCAGGCCACCUGAGGAUAUCUGAGUGUCCCAUAUGCAUUGUGUUUGUGACAACACAGAUGACAAGAUGCCAGCCAAAGUAAUUUUAAAUGAAGGAUGUUCAAGUUUGAACUGCUGAAUCAGUUCUUACUCUUUGGUCACCAAAGUGUGUCCUUGCAUGCCAAGGAGGUUAAUCCUGUCUUACUGAAUACAAACCUCCUUGUCUCAUCUGAAAAGCUGUUUAUAAGGUUCUCUUAUGCACCAUCUUAAACAUCGUGGAUGUUCCUUCAUCCACGAGCUUACAGAAAAGGUGGUCAAGCUUCACAUGCAAAGGGAAAGUAUUUCUAGGUUCUCAUGAAUAUUAGUGAACACAGAGGGUGGUGACGCACUGGAACAGGUUGCCCAGGGAGGUUGUGGAUGCCCCAUCCCUGGAGGCAUUCAAGGCCAGGCUGCAUGUGGCUCUGGGCAGCCUGGUCUAGUGGCUGGUGACCCUGCACACAGCAGGGGGGUUGAAACUCGAUGAUCAUGAUGGUCCUUUUCAACCCAGGCCAUUCUAUGAUUCUAUGAACACCAAGAGGUGGCAGCCAGAGCAGCCUAUCAAUGAAAACCCUGCUGGCCAGCUGAAAGAUAUCAGGAAAAUAACACUCAGAUCCUUUGAAACAUUAAAAUCUUCCUGUGGAGGACAUAAUUAUUUCUGUAAGAAAUUCAGGCUGUGUUUUUGAUUGCCAUAUCAACAUCUACUGCUGCAGAAAGAUUUUCUUAUCAUUUUUGAUGAUGAUGAUGUAAGUUUUUGCUUUCUUUUUUUCUUCUUUUUUACCUCUCUCCACCCCCACCCCCCCAGCUUUGUAACUGGGUUGGGUACUAUAACUGAGUGGUGUUUGUUCCCUUUCUCUCUCGUCUGCUGCUCAGAGAACUAAAGUGGGUAGUGGAGUACUGCAGAGCGUGCAGUAUAUUUGGGUUAUUCUACUGAGGAAAAAAUAAACCCGAAAUCUUUAGUUAAAAUUCAAAGCAGUUAAAUGCAGUGUCAGUGACUGUUAGUUACUGCCAUCAUGACACAAUUUAGCUAAAUUGUUAGGUCGGUUAUUUUAGUUUUUCCGAGUGUGUUAUCUUUCUGAUUAUGUCUAAACAUCUUGUUUUUAUGGAGAUGUUUCUGUACUGAAAUAGCAGCCAGAUUAUUGAAAUGAGUUUCAUUUCAAACCAAUACAGAGACAAAUUCUACUGAUCAGUGGCUGAUGAGUGAAAACUUUCUUGUGUUUUUCUUCCUGGAACAUUUUGACAAGAAGCAUAUGAUGACAUGCGAGCUGCUUUCUCAUAUGCCUAACACAUUUUCAAUUUUCCUCUCCACCCUCAUGGAUGUAACAAAAAUAGUUUCAUCAAAAAGUUAGUGAUGCAGCAGCUUGCAUUAGCUUCCAGCAGCAAUAUUGAACUACCUUUUCUUAACUGCUGUCAUGGACCUGACAGCUACUUUGAGAAGUUUUUCCUGAGAAACCCCAGCUCUGUGAUUGGGCUUGAUUUCUUUCUUUUUUAUGUUUAAAAGCAUCAUAAAUUCAGUUUUUCAUUGCGUUAGGUUAUUCUAUCUGAGCGUAUCCCAUCUGUUAAUCUUCCAGUCUGAAUGAGCUGUUAGUGGUAGCACACUGGUGAAGGUAAAGCCUCAAGUUACACUGUUUCCCACUCCCAUCAUUUCUGUUUGAUGCAUGUGCCUGAAUGCAGUAGUUUUUCAAAGCUAUUAACAGUAACGUGAUCUGUAGGAUGGAUAAAAUGUGUUGGUUUUCUCAUUAUUUGUCCAUUGCGUUGCUAUAAAAAGUUGUGUGAGUAUUCAUCUUGUGGUGAACCACAUAACUGAAAAGAUCCUGUGCAGCCAAUAAGUGACCUAAUUGCUGAGAACUGGACUAAUGUAAGUCUCAUAAUGCAGCUGAAUCAUGGCAGAGAUUUGCGUUUAUUCUUGUAACAGCUUAAUACGGAACUCAAGGUACAGGAUUCAUUUUAUAAAUACUUUCUGUUCAUGCUGACAGCACCCUUCUGUCACAUCUGCGAUAAUAAAUUUUGCAGUCUUUCUCACUGUAAUUUAAGACUAUCAAACCAGCUUUGCAUAAAUAGAAUUGAAAAAGGAGCAGUCUAAUCAGUGAUGAUGCUUCUUCUGGAAUUUAUUUAUUUAUUAUGUCAAAUACGUACGAGGAGUGGCUUGGUAUUCUUAGCAUUUUCCUGUUAUUUGACAUAAGCUGCUAUUUCUGAUGUCAGUUAUAACACUGAUCUCUGCAAACUUGGUGGUGUCUGUUUAGAACACUGCUGCUCUAUCCUUGCUUUUAUUUUUUCGCACUUUCAGUCCUUUAAAACCCCCGUCAGUGCAGUUUGUAAUUCUUGGGGCUCUAACACAGGCAAAAUGCUUAUGUCAGCUUCUGCAGUGAAUGCACGCAGGUACAUUCUGUGUUUGCUUUCUGUUUACCACUUCUGCCGUUGUCCAGGGAUGUGCUGUAACCAAGAUGGGUGCUGUGCAGGCACACAGAUCAGACAUCGUAUUCUGCUGCCCUGUCCUCCUGUAAAGAGGGCGGGGAGGCUGAGGCUUCCCAUUCCAAACUAGGAAUGGUCGAGACCAGAUUUUUAGGGACAUUUAGGUAUCCAGCUUGCAUUUGAAAUUGAAUAAGUUGCGCAACCGAAAAAUAUUUGAAAACACAUUUCAAGCAUUCUUCUGUUUUUUUCUUUCUGUCCAUGAUUUUUUUUUUAAUUAAAUUGUAAGAUGUUGUAUUUCCCAGUUUGGGGGAUGGGGGUAAUAAUGAUGUUGAAAAUCUUAUUGACAGAUCCAAAGGAAGGGUUUUUUUUUUUUUUGUUUGUUUGUUUGUUUUUUUUUUCCAUUUUAAGUAUUUUUCCACAAACUUUCUUUUGACAUGAUUUAGACUUCAGGCAAAACCUCUUUCAAGCUUUUCUUUCCUCUGUUUGCCAGGCAGUAAUUCUGUCUCCAUUCUGUAGUGGGGCAGAAUCCAGUAUUAAGUUGUUUUGGUCUCUGUAUUUCGUCCUGCCUGUUGUAUUGCUGGAUAGCAACAGGAAAGUCCUUCUGUGCUGUGCGCUGUUUUAAGGUCUCUGAAAAGCACUAAAGUCUGUAUUACUCAAUGUGAAAGAUCUCUUCUAAGUGACGCUAGCUGCUCUUUUAUCAAAAUCCUUUAUGCAAUGUUAAUUUUAUGCUGCUAGAGAGCAUCCUAGGAUACAUGAAACAGCAUUUCCUACUUACUGUGUUCUGCUUCUGAAAUACGUUUCUUGAAAUAUUUUUUCCCUUGACGUUUAGCAUACAUAAAAGGUGGAUGGAUCCUCCGAAAAGCCUGGAAAAUUUACAAUAAGUGCUAUACGGACAUUAAUACGCUUCAGGAAAUAUAUCAGAAGAAAACCACUCAGGAAUCCUUGACUUCUGAUGCUGCAAAUGAUAAUCAUGUUGCCGCAGAAGGUGUAACGGAGGAUUCGCUAAACAGACUGAAAGAUUAGCUUUGUUGUGGUACCAUACAGUUGUUCGCCCCUUUUUUGCUCUUGAUGGCAGCGAUAACAAGGCAGGAUUGAAGGAGGCAAAAGAGAUUCUUGCAAAGAAAGAAUCUGCUUACCCAAAUUCUUCUCUGUUCAUGUUCUUCAAGGGAAGGAUACAGAGAUUAGAGUGUCAAAUCAAUAGUGCCUUGGCUUCAUUUCAUACUGCUUUGGAACUUGCAACAGACCAAAGGGAGAUUCAGCAUGUUUGCUUAUACGAAAUAGGCUGGUGCAGCAUGAUAGAGAUGAAUUUCAAAGAUGCCUUUGAGUCCUUUGAAAGGCUUAAAAAUGAAUCCAGGUGGUCUCAGUGCUAUUAUGCUUAUUUAACAGCAGUGUGUCAAGGAGCCACUGGUGAUGUCAACGGUGCUCAGAAUGUGUUCAAGGAAGUUCAGAAGCUUUUCAAAAGAAAAAAUAAUCAGAUCGAACAAUUUUCAGUGAAAAAGGCAGAUAGAUUCAGAAAACAAAUGCCAACCAAAGAGCUCUGUGUCCUGGCAUCCAUUGAAGUAUUGUACUUAUGGAAAGCCCUUCCAAACUGCUCCCUCUCCAACCUACAGCACAUGAGCCAAGCUUGUCAGGAUGUUGAUGAUUCAUCAGCUGUUGGUUUGAGGAAUUUGCUUCUUGGUGCCAUACACAAAUGCUUGGGAAAUUCUGAAGAUGCUGUUCAGUACUUUCAGCAGGCUGCUAAAGAUGAACUGUGCCGUCAAAACAACUUGUACAUCCAGCCAUAUGCUUGCUAUGAGCUUGGCUGUCUGCUGUUAGACAAUCCAGAGACCGUGCCAAGAGGCAAAACCUUACUUCUCCAAGCCAAGGAGGAAUUUACAGGCUAUGACUUUGAGAACAGAUUGCACGUCCGCAUCCAUGCAGCCUUAGCCUCUCUAAAGGAAGUUGUUCCACAGUGACGGACAGGAAGUUGUGUUAUCCAUUCCCACAGUUUCUGCACUUUAGGAUGAAGCAGAAGAAAACGCUGUUGGGAAGACCAGCUUUUCUUCUGAAAACCACUUGUGCCAGAGACACUUUCAUAGUAUGGUUAAAAGUUGGUAUGGCUUAGUAAAAGACUACAAUUUCAACUGAAAGUAAAUCAACCAAGCAGAAGGUUAAGUGACCUUGCGUAUUUUAACUCUUCAGUUUUUAGUUUGUUUAAACCAAGGGGAACACGGUUAUUAGUGACUCAGCAGGCGAGCCUAAAUAAGCACACGGCUGACUUCCACGUUGGCAGAUGGGAUUUUUUAAAAACAUUUUAAAGUAGAUCUAAAUCUAAAAUAUGUUAAAAGGAGACCAUUCCUGUUUUGAUUAGAAUACAAUAAAAGUAGUUGGUGUCAGUGUUGGAGAAGGGAGCGGGCAGAACACUUCUGUUUUGGCUAAUGCUUCAAGAAAAUAAGAGAAGGAAAACCAUUCAGCCACAAAAAGCAGAUCUUGCUGAAUUUCAGAGGUUUAUUUCAGUGGAUUCAUGAUGAAUAAUUUGCCAAAUUUAAGCCUCCCAUCCCCUUUCCAUUAUUUGUUGCUUCCUUUUCAACUCGGCUCAUACUUCUGAUAUAAAUUAAAUCAACACUUAGCAUCUCCGCUUCUGGUACAUUCCAGCCAAAUGCUUUGUUCUACAUGUACUUACGGUGAGAGUGAUUUUUAUUUUCCUCUUAAUGCUCCAACUAGUGCAUUCAAAUAAGUAGGCCACAUACAACGAUUUCACGUGCUUUCCACUGAAGCUGCUAAACCUUUAUCACAGUGACUUUUACAGCUAUUAAAACAAACAGACGAAACAAUACACCCACCACCCACCCCCAACCCUAUUUUUAUAGUUUUACCAAUGCUACGCUAUCUUAAGUCUCUGUAUGAUAUUCCAGAUUUGUGCUGUUAAGACACUGAAAUGCCUCUGAGAGCUUGAAGCUUUCAUCAUGACUGCAUAUCUGUAUUUUUUUUUAAAUACUUGGCCAUCUGUGUGCUCAUUUGUAGCUUUAAAAAAAAAACACCCAAAAAAACCAAAAACAUUUUGUCUAUAGCAUCUCCCUGUGCUGUAUAUUCAGUUAGUAUCAUUAUCGAGAAGGUAAAUAUUUUUUUAAAGAAACUUAUGAAUGGAAAUCUGACCAGGAAGUUAAUUAAAUUAUGUUACUUCGCAAAGCUAAGAAAACUGGAUAUCUUUGGAAAUAAUUCUCUAAAAGCCUUAUCUUUGCUUUGGUCAGGUUGCCUUAAACAGUUCCUUAGCUUAAAUGUUUUUCUUCUUCUAACUUGUUGCAGAAUAUGUUGCCGCGUUACCAAGGUUUUAUACCUUGCCCCACAUCUAACUUUCACUGAUUUGCUUUUGAGGUUGCACCUAAAGCAAGACUGACAUGGAGGAGAAAAGUAAUACUGUAUGUGGUAGGCCAAAUGAAAUUAGUUGCACUCCUAGAGCAGUUAAGCUCUUCUGUGGAAGUUCCUGAAGGAUAGGAGAGGCUUUAUUUUUCUAAAAUCUGGGUGUGUUACCAAUAGUACUCUGUUGACUUUUUUUAUUCAGUUUAAUCAGUAAUAUUCAUGGAAUCAUAGAAUUAGCAAGGUUGGAAAACACCUACAAGAUCAUCCAGUCCAACCAUCCACCUACCACCAACUCCUUUGAAUCACAAAGGAGUGUUCAACCUUUUUUGAAUUGGUCAAUCCAAAUAAGUACUGAACAGAAAACAGCAUCUUGUGUGUCUGUGUGUAUAUAUAUAUAUAGCGAACACUUAGAAUCCAAAUUAUAAUUUUAAAGAAAGGUCUUCAGUGUACUUGAAAUCCUAUUUUGUCCUACCUUUUAAUAUUUUGUGUCAGAGACACAGUCCACUCUGGGUAAAUAGAUAGAAAUGGUGCAUUUAAUGGCAAAAUUCCUUUAAAACACGCUGCUUAAGUAUACCGUGAGCCUAGGCUGUUCAGGACACAAAGCACCUGCAUGUGAUUGGUGUUGGGAUGUCUGGGGUCUACAAACGUGGAGGUAGCUAGCAAACUGUAGUAAAUCUGAUUACGAGGCCUGUUCUCACCAGGCCAAGAGUGAGUCCGGAAAGACACUAUAUAUUCAUGUAACGGUUUAACUCUGUGCAAGUUGCAGCUUUUCUGUGGAUUUAGCAAAUCGUCACUGAAAUGGAACUGUCAUUAUCUGUCAUUUUUUUUUCUCCUUCCGUAGGAGAAUCUCCUGCUUUGUAAAUGUCACGUUUAUUUUUUAGGUUAGAUUGUGCCUGUGAUGAGAAAAACUUCAGCUGUAUUUUGUGCAAACUGAUAAGAUUUUAUACUUUGGAACUCGGAGGCAUGGUCUAAUAGCAAUAAUAGAAUAUGCAUCUUGCUAGUUAACAUGUUAAGAAUAUCUUUACUGAGUCAGGUAUUUUUUGUUGAUGUUGAUGCAGUUUUUAUCUCAAUAUGACUCAUUUCAAAUAAAUAACUAGAAUUUAUAGAUGUCACAAAGUGGCAUAUUUAUUGUGACGUACUGUAAAUGUUGUUGAUUUACAGAACUUGCACUUUUAUAUUUCUGAGUAAAAUUAAAAGAAACGUGGACAUGC